UCCGGCGUCAACGCCGACGAAAUUCUUCGGUAGCUGAGGUCUCAAGCAGUCACCACGAAAACCAACAGCAUUUACGGCAACAAAUCUCAAUCAGUUCUUCAUCAAAAUGAACCACGCAAGAGUCUUCAAAAAGACCUCUCCCAACGGCAAGCUCACCGUGUACGUGGAGAAGAGAGAGCUGGCGCAGUCAGAGGGGCAGAUGCAGCCUGUGCAAGGGGUUAUGUUGGUCGACACGAGCUACGCUAAAGACAGGAAAAUCUACGGACAAUUCGUGCUCACUUUCAGAUACGGCAGAGAAGAUGAAGAGGUGAUGGGUCUGCGCUUCUGUAACGAAGCUUGCCUCUGCGCUGAGCAGCUCUGGCCUAAGGAAAGUGCUCCUAAAGUGGCCCCGGACAAGCUCACUCCGCUUCAGGACACGCUGGUGCGACGGCUGGGGGCGGGCGCCGUGCCCUUCUGCUUCUCGCUGAGCACUCACGCGCCGCCCUCCGUCACGCUGCUGCCCGCACGCAACUACAACGGCGCGCCCAUCGGCACCACUUAUGACCUCAGGAUAUUUGUGGGUGAGAGCGUGGAGCAGCGGCCGCACAAGCGGUCGUCGGUGCGGAUGGGUAUGAAGCUGUACCAGGUGAGCGGGCCGGUGUCAGGACCGCUGCCCAGCGCGACGUCCAGCAAGCAGUUCCUGCUGACAGAGGGCCAUGUCUCCGUAGAGGCGUCCCUGGACAAGCAGGUCUACGAGAGGGACGAAGAAAUCCUCGUCAAUAUCAGCGUCACCAACAACUCCUCCAAAACUGUCAAGAAAAUCAAGGUUUUCAUCGUCCAGUUCGUAGAUGUAGCCAUGUUCAGCAACGGGAAGUUCAAGAACAUGGUGGCCAGCUUACACUCGACAGACGGCUGCCCUAUCUCACCUGGUGGCUCGCUCUCCAGGACCUAUUCUCUGUGUCCGCAGAAAGGAACCGUCAAGAACUGGAUAGCCCUCGAAGAGUUCUACGAACAGGAGAGUUUUCUCGCCUCCACUGUUCAGAAGUUGGACAAUGGAGAGAGAAAUGUCUUUGCUAUUUACGUCAGCUAUUACGUUAAGGUAAAGGUUUUAACGAACUCCUUAAGUGCGCUGGGGGGCGAGGUGACCGUAAAGGUUCCUUUUAAACUCAUGAGACGCACGGCGCCUCUUGACGACCUCUGCCUCAACAACCCUCCUGCCUCGGGAGGCGGUGAGACUGCGCGAGCACUCCAGGCCAUCGGGCCAGCCAUCAAUGGACAUUCAUCGAUGCCUCACUCCAAGUCACUGGGUGACCUGACGACCUCUUCCUUACCUCUUGAUUCCCAAAAACAUUCCCUUGCUGGUCCUAGUGCAACCUUGUCCCUCGGUAAAGACCAAAUGACAUCUCCCAGUGCCGCAACUUCAUCAAGCAACACCAAUGGUAGCAACACAGUAACCGCAAUUGUUCAGUGUCAUGUCCCCGCUGGUAGUCGACAUCAAGGAUCUUCCCAAGCCAGAGCCACCAGCGUAGACCUGCCUUACCACUGCUCCUCUUCCGACAUGGGCCGCUUCAAAACAGGACUUAAGAUAUUUGCCGGCGGUAUGUGUCGAGGCUUCUCUAAUUCUUCCAAAUCGGCACGCAACGACCACAAAAAUGAGCACGGAGGCUCGAGCACAUCGAGCUCUGACGACAUACGACCUGCUGAUGACAACGACAAGGAAGACAAAGCGCAGAAAGAACCUGCAAUAAUACGCAAAGACAGUGCCAACGAGUUCUUCUUGUCAACUACGCAACACGAUUCAGAUGACAAACGAGGUUUUAAAAGCUGCCAUCGAACUUCGCAAUGUUCCACAACUUCUCAGUGUUCUCAUAACACUUCUCAAAGUACGAUGGCAACCUCUCCUGCUGAGGAAUUUUCUGACUGUCCAAAAGAAGCCGAAGAUAGAAGCACCAAAGCUAAAUCUCAUAAGCCAACUAGUGUUCCAUCUACUCCGAUGCUGCGACCAGCGUCUGGAACUUAUCAAUCAGCAGCCAAACAUUCUGCUUUAAAAGGACGAAGAAAUAGCAAUCCGGCAGCUGGAUCUACUAAAGACAGCUGAAUAGAAGAGCGACGAAUAGAGGUCUCGCCAAAAACUAUUUCGAAGUUACCUAAUGAUUUAAAUUAACUUCGUACUCGUGUAUUUCUUACGUUUAACUCCAUUACAGUUUAUUAUUUUAUCAAUAUUUAGUGCUCCGCUGAUGCUCAGUAAUUCAUGUUUGUUAUUCAAAAAAAUUCCAAAUUCAAGUUUGUUAUUAUUCAAGUAUUCAAAAUUCAGUUAGUUAUUCAUGUAACUUCAGUAAUAUACGUCAAAAAGAUGCCUGGAGCUCUCAGACCCACGCAAACAAAUAUUGUGUUUGAUUUUCUUUCGUCCAAAUUAGCGCAGUAAUGAAGUUUGCCGGUAUUCAAAUUUGCAUGGGAUUCUAUUUAUAGUCGAUAUGGAUUCUUUCAUCGUCAGUCCCGCAUGCGUUAUUACUAUUGAUAUUUUUCGAGUCACUGCUUGAUUUUACUUCCAGCGAACUGUUCUAUAUACCAGUAUUCUAAAUGCAGUGCAAAUUGAACGUCUGUCAUUACUUCGAUUUCCCCUGAGUAAUUUAUCCAUUAAAAACAAUUGUCUUCAAUUGCCUGAAGAAACUCCUUGAUCUCAAUUACUGGCUUACAAAAAUUUAGAAAUGAAUUAUUACGGGCUGUUUAGUGUUUACGUUGCUUCUCAACUUCAAAUGGCAAGCAAAUUGUUAUUAUUAAAUGCUUAAAUAAAUGUUAUUAUUAAAUGCUACACUGUAGAAUUAAAUGCUUUGUGUCUACAGUGUAGUUCCCGUUAAGAACCCUCUCAAUUGUCGAAGGUGUUGAUGUGAUAGAAGAUAUUUCAGUUGAAUGUGUAGGAUCUAAAUUAUUAAUGUUCAUGGUUAGGGUUCGAAGCUUUAGGAUAUUAAAAGCAACAUAUCAAAUGUUGAAUGUUCGUGCUGCAAGAUUCUUGGUUUUUUAACUAUGAUCCGUGAUAGUUUACAACCGCAAUUCAAUAAUGAUAAUCUUAAUCUCGGAAUAAAAAUUUCAUGUCCUUAUGUAAUCGGGUGAAAAAAAUUCCGAGUUGUAGAUUUAUUCUGAAUGAGAGCAAUAAUCUUAGGUCAUUGUGCUCGUGAGAUUGGCACUUAUUCGAGUAUUAAUUCUUCUUAAACCGCCAACUACAAAUCAAGAAAAAUUUGCGAAGAAAAAUAAAAACUUAGGGUUGAUUUAGGCUACGCCUCACAUUAUGCUGUAGCGUGCUACAACCAGUAAUCGGCUGCAAAAAUUAAGGGUUAAAGUGAUAACAUAAAGGAUGCUGAGAUACUGCGUUCCGGAACUCGAAAAUUAAAAAAAAAUGUCAAUCUUACUUUCAUCUCUUUGAUUUGAGAUUAAGUUCUCAAUAACAAUUAAUCAGCAUUGAAUUAAUUUUGAUGUUUAUUCCAUCACAACACAGGCUAUCUUCGAAAAUUAUUUGAAUAAAAUACAAUUAUUACUUAAGUUUCAUACACUAUUCAAUAUCAUCAUAGUAGCUUAUUUUGUUAACAUUUUAUAAUCUCUCAACUUUCAUUUUUUUUAAGUUUU